AUGAACAACCUUGAUUCUACUGUGAAUUUGCCAGAGGUGCAGGCAGAGGGCAAGCGGUCAUCUCCCUACCCAUCUCCCUACCCAAGGGCAUGCAGCCCAGCUGAGGCUCCUGGACGGGUCUCUUUCCUGCAUAUUCAGAAAAAACAUGGCAGUCCAAGACUACCAACAGCAGUUAAUAUAACUUGGUCUUCGAUCAAUUUUAAAACAAUACUACGGUGGCAACCCAAACCAUCUGAUUACUUCUACACGGUAGAAAUACUUGGACACACAUCCAACACCCAAAGAAAAUGCAUUCUGACAACAGAAACAGAGUGUGAUGUUACUGAUGUGCUGAGGAAUGUAAAAGAGACCUAUACAGCGCACAUACUGUCUGUAACAUCCGCCAGGAUGGAUAACUUUGAACAACCACCUUAUGCAACCUCUGAAAAAUUCACACCUUAUAAUCAGACUAUUCUUGGGAAACCAGAGAUCCAGAAUUAUACACAAAAAGAUUCCAAAAUGAGUAUUGUGUUCAAAGAUCCACUUACACCAUAUAUGUUUCCCAAUGGAAGCUUUCAAAGUAUUCGAGAUAUUUUCAAAAAUGACUUGGAAUAUAAACUCUAUUACUGGAAAGACCAAAGUUCUGGAAAGAAAGAUGCUAUAACAAGAAGUGAUAAAUUUGAAAUAAAUGUUGAAAACACAAAGAACUAUUGCUUCUACAUACAGGGAAUCAUUCCCUCCCGCAGAGAAAACCGUGCUGGUCAAGAAAGCAUGGUGCUUUGCACCAGUGUAGGAAGAAAUAUUUUAGAUGAAUACGGAACUGAAGUCUUCAUUAUCAUAGCAGUGGUGGCCAUUGCAGUCCUCACUCUCGCCAUUGUCCUGCCAGUGAUCCUGUGUAAACGCAAGAGAGCAAAACUUGCAAGAGAAAAGCAACCGCUUAAUGGAGUUUAG